CAAAUGGGCUAAACUGGUGGAAUGUAAAGUACAUCUAUGAAGGGCUGAUCUUACAACCAGGAAAUCAAAAUGUUGCACUCUACGACGUGUCGUGCAUAUUCGGUUUCUUCAUAAUUGCCACCAGCGUCGGUAUGCAGAUUGUAUCGUACCUGCCCUGCCUCACACAAGCGACAAACGCCAAGACCAAAUUGUGCAUCAUCAUGUUACUGAGCGGUAUGAUGUUGGGGACUGCAUGGUAUAUGGUGCGGGUGGAUAUUCGCGCAACGUAUGCGUUAUUUGUUUUGAGCGAAAUUUCCCUGCAUAUCGUCUGGCCGCUCGCAAAUGACAUUCUGCGGUCGGUCGUUGAACCGGCGAGACAACCAACCGCGGUAUCCUUCCAGAAUCAUAUCAGGUCACUAUGUGUUUUUGUUGUUGUUGGCCCGAUUAAUUUUUAUUUUCAAUCUGUGCUGGGAUCGGUUCAGACCGUGAACGAUAUGCUAACCGAGACCAGUUUCUCGGGAGAACAUUCCUGGAAGCUGCAGAUCCUUGCCAAGAAUUAUGCCCUACUCAAAUUAUUCUUUGUUGGUGUUGGCUUCAUUUUCUUCCUCGUGACGUUCUGCAUCGGUCGGGAUCGGGCACGCGUCGAAGCGGUGGUGCCAGGCAAUCAACCAAAUUAUACAUUGGACGUCUCCGCAUUGGAAGUCGGAUCCGCAUCUAACCUGGAAGCCGCGAUACCACCACCAAACACACCACAGUGAAAAGUAUUCUGCACUGGUGGAGAAAUGGCGAAAUAAUUUCGCUGAGCCCUUUUCUCCAGAGCACAAUAUAAGCUAAUUCGCGUUGACUUUGCACCCUGCACCCAGCAC